GUGUGAGCGCGCAGCCAGGCGCCGGGGCAGGCGGCCCAGGUGCCGGGUCGCGUCGCCGUGACUGCUCGGGGGCGGCGCCCUCCCGCCGCAGCCGCAGUGGCCGGCGCUGCAGCCAGGAGCCAUGGGCAACAUCUCCUCCAACAUCUCGGCCUUCCAGUCCCUGCACAUCGUCAUGCUGGGUUUGGACUCGGCCGGCAAGACCACGGUGCUCUACCGGCUCAAGUUCAACGAGUUCGUGAACACGGUGCCCACCAUCGGCUUCAACACCGAGAAGAUCAAACUGAGCAACGGCACGGCCAAGGGCAUCAGCUGCCACUUCUGGGACGUGGGCGGCCAGGAGAAGCUGCGGCCGCUGUGGAAGUCCUACAGCCGCUGCACGGACGGCAUUAUCUACGUGGUGGACUCGGUGGACGUGGACCGGCUGGAGGAGGCCAAGACGGAGCUGCACAAGGUGACCAAGUUCGCCGAGAACCAGGGCACGCCGCUGCUGGUCAUCGCCAACAAGCAGGACCUGCCCAAGUCGCUGCCGGUGGCCGAGAUCGAGAAGCAGCUGGCGUUGCACGAGCUGAUCCCGGCCACCACCUACCACGUCCAGCCGGCGUGCGCCAUCAUCGGCGAGGGCCUCACCGAGGGCAUGGACAAGCUCUAUGAGAUGAUCCUGAAACGCAGGAAGUCCCUCAAGCAGAAGAAGAAGCGGUAAAGCGCCGACGGCGGGGCCUGGGAGCGAGGGGGGAGCGAGUGAGUCAGAAAUGAAUGAAUGAAUGGAUGGAUGGGGGAGCGAGAACCCGCGCCCGCGAACAAAGACAGCGAACCAAAGCGAUGCUUCGAAUUUUUCAAACGGAAUCUCUGCACCCAGAACCCGGGCGUGAAGGCUGACUGGCCGGCCUGCCCCCAUUCCCAGCUGAAGGGACCUUUUGUCUGAACGCCAGAGCCUCAGAUGGGGUGGGGAGCCCCCUCCCCCCCACCUCGGGCAGAAACGGCGGGGACACCGGUGGGGAGCGGAGCGCAGGUCUUGCUGUUUGCCCUCAUGGCCCCAACUGGAAUGCUCAGAUGCCAGGAACAAAAGCGAUUUCCUCCAACCCCAGCAGGGCCAGAAGUUCAGGCUGCCCCGCCCCCACCGGGGGAACUGCACCUGUGCGUCUCCUGAGGUAUGCAGUUCCUGGAACCCUCGGGGUACCCACCUGAGUGGCUUGUUGGCGCUGGGUGGUGCUGGGGGACAGCGGCGCCUUGCAUUCAUGGGCUGUGGGAUGUGAUUAAUUUUAUGUCACAGGGCAGGCCCCUGUUGAAAUUCCUUUGGUCCCGCUCUGGGCCCAGAGGAGGUGGUGGCUUGGGCCAUCAGAACAGGCUGGUUCGUUGCAGCAGCCCGAGGCACUGACGCUGCGCUAGCCUGGGCUAGGGAAUGGCCGAAUGGCCUCAGCAAUGUCCCUUUCCUAGUGCUUUGUGGUGGCUACAGAAGACCAGUUUGGUGAGGACUGCGUUUCAGCCUGGAAUCAGACAUCCUCCAGAUGGUUUGGACCAUGUGUAGGUCAUUGUCACACAAAGAAACCAAUAAAAAUUUAAAAAAACAACAGCAGAACUGUUGGAGGUGGUGGCAACGCUGCAUUUACUGUUUGCAGGGUAGUUAAAGGUGUUUAAAGGGUAAGGCUCCUGACAUAAAUGCCGGAUGGGGGGUGCGCUACAGGCCCCCGCCCCCCUUUACUGUGUGAUGGGCAUAAAGGCUUAGACCCAUAUGUACGGAAUUUUAAAUUCUCUUCGCCUACUGAUGGGUUUGUAUGAGCACACCAGCUGCAGAUGUGUGCUGAAUUGCAAGAUGGUUUUUGCAAGGGAUGUCUCUUGUCAUGCGAACCGCGUGAUGGUGGGUUUUCAGACAUGUUAAAAAAAAAAAAAACUUUUACAAAUGGAAAUUCACCUUAGAAAUAUUCACCUUAGGAAAAAAGACUUUGCUCUGCCCUUUUAUAUCCCUUUACGAUGCAAGUGGCGACCUGUUCGGAUUUCUAAUUUGGCUCAUUGUGGCCUACCCAGUUUAAGUAUUUCAUUCAAAAUGUCUCAGAGUAUUUGAUGUCAUGCACCAAAAAAUAAAACCCCACCUUGCUGCAAAAGGCGACCUCGUUGCAUGGGUUUAAAAGCGGAGGAAAAGCACAAGGAUGAGGUGGAUCCGUCCUAAUCCAUUCUUGGGUGAUCUGGCCUGCCUGGUAGCCAGCCAGCACCUUGGCCAAAUGCAAACAACAGUGAGUGCUUGAGAUAAAAGAAAGCCUGUGACGUCAUGGUCGCUACGGCUCAAGCACUUCACAGUUUACUUGAAAGGGGCUUUGGAAAAUAGAUCAAGUGAAAGAAGAGUUAAAUACAUAUUUUUUAAUGAUGUAAUUUAAAGAAAUCCUUUAUAAUCGGGACUGAGUCUUGGUUUGCAGAGCUCUCAUUUACCCAGAAACACAGAAUCAAAAGGGAAACUUAAGCUCAUGGUUUGAUUUUGAUUUCCUCUUUGAAUCCAUGCUUACUGGUAGAAUUAUGGUUCCCCCCACCCCACCCCAUACACGCUGUUACACAUUUCUUACGAAGGAGGACUGUGGAAAUUGGACAUGACCAUGCCAUGCAUGUGAGUUAGCUAAAUUUUAAGCCCAUCCCUAUUGUCCAUUGCUCUCAGCAAGUUCCUUUAAGAAUCAGAUAGAAGUUCUGCUUUCUGCUUGAAACCCAAUUCUUCUAUGACAUAUUUUCAAAGAAGAAACCUAGCAACCCGUAUUCCUUCUCUUUUGUUGGUGUGUCUGAUACCCCUCCGAUGCUGGUCUUUUUGUAGACACUCAGUAGAGAAAAUCUAGCUAAGCCGUGUUGAAAAGCCUGCAAGAUUUCAGUUUACAUAUCAACAGCGUAUUCACUGAUUUCUAAAUGGGCUGGUCCCAUCAUCUGAGGACUCUGUAUAGGAUUAUAGAACAAGACAAACAAAAAAAAUCCAUCUUCUUUUAUUUUCCUCACAUGCAACAAUUAAGCACUUUGACAUUUUGGUAGCUCCACACUAUUGAGAGAAGAAUCUAUUUAUUUUGUGAGAUUGCAGAUGCCAAAUACUGUAACCUUCUCGUGCUAACAAGCCUUCAGUUCAAGAUCACUGUUUCAAAUCCCAUCAUGCUUUUCAAAUAAUGGGAGCUGGUUUUUGUGUUUUGCAUUAUCAAUACUUAAGGGUGCAGUCAGCCGUUAGUUAUUGUGCAGUAAAGUAAAACUCUGUGGUGUAUCAGCUAAUAGUCAAGAGUCUCAGUUGAUUUCUCUAAUGUGUGACCUAAUUACGGCCCGUUUCGUCUCUGACCAAACAGAGGAAGCACAGAGUACCACCUUGGCGUGGUCACCCUGGGGGAGUCCCCUGACAUAUCCAUCAGUGAUGUGUUAAUGCCUUCUGCUCUUUGGAGAACGGAUGGGUUUCCCAGAGACGAAGUUGGCCUCCCCAAGUGAGCUUCUGAAAUGUUUUCUAGCAGAUACGGGGAGACCAGUUUUGUUUCAGAAAAACCCUCUUCCCAAACUCUCUGUCACGGUGUUGGGACUUGGUCUUCUGGUCUCGUUUUUCAUUUCUCCUGCUGUAACUCUCUGUCCUGAUCAUCCUCCUCCUUGGUUUCCGUUCCCUUUUGUAAUGCAUACAUGAUGCUGUGAACAGAAAUAAAUUAUUUAUACAAUCAAA